AUGACCGCUCAAAAGUGUGUGGUGGAAGGCUGUAAUUUGGAGUAUGAUGUGAUUUGCAGCUUUUCUUUUUAUAAUGUGAACACAUCUGCAGAGGGCGAUGUGCAAAGGCAGGAAUGGAUUGAAGGGGCGAUGCAGGAGGAGAGCGAGUGUCUUUGGCGGCAUGUCAGCUUGCAACUUUGCGGGUACCAUUUCGAAAUGGACGCCCAAGGCCUCUGGAUUGACUCGCCAAUGCUGCCUGAACUCCUCACACCCCAAGAGCAGGUAGCAACAAUGGUCCAGUCGGAAAACGAUAAAAAAGUUGCUGACAUCAUUCGGAUGGAGCAUAACUACAGCAUUGAACCGACGAAGAAGGAGGCCGAGAGUGUAUCCAGACUGAAUGUACGACAACUGGUCGAUACCUUGGGUUACUUGUCGCUGAAGAAUUUGCAGAAGAAGCAGUUGUGGGUGGUCAAAGUGGAAACCGAUAAGGCGGAAGCCUCCAUCACGCAAUCCGAGCAAGUAAUAGCCAAGAUGCCUGAUCCGAAGCAAAUAAUUGAGAUCAUACCACAGACGUCCACGUCAGAAAGCCUCGAAAACCAAAAUGAAGUUCUCCACAUAAUGGAUGAUGGCAAUAUAUCAGACAAUUUUAUUUACGAGAUAGCAGAGGAACAGGAGAUAACUAUGGAAGAGGUCAAAGAAAUACCCGUCGCUGACAACCGAGAGUGGACAGUAAACAUAAUACCAGAGGAGACCAAGCCGAAAUACGCUUAUAUUAAACAUUGUAAUACUGGGAAAAAAAAACGACAUUUUACAGCGGAGAUGAACGAGAUAACACUGCAAGGGGACUUUGAGAACUAUUAUAUAUUACCCGAUGUUGACCCGUCUGUCGGGGUUGAAAUUACAACGAGUUAUGAGCCAGAGAAUUAUAUAGUCGAGGAAUAUGAGCAUUUAGUAUUAGAGGAGAGACCGAGGAAGAGGUCCAGGGAUGGGAAUGACGUGGUCCGGAAAAAGAGAAAGAAGAUUACACCAUCGGUGAGGGAGCAGGUCAAGCAGAUACAGUUAAAAACGGAAAUGGGCGAGGACUGGGUCAUCGACAACAGUGUGUACGAUCAAGAUACGUCUGACGACUACGAUGAUAAAAAAGGAUCUAGGGAUUGCGGACGAUGA